AUGACGGCCAGACCAAAGCUCAGAGGUGAGAUGAGGAUCUCCAACUAUCCAGGACUGUUCUCCAUGUCGGAGCACUCAAAUCACUCCACCGUCAUUAUUCACAUGCUCUGUCUACUGGAAGAGGACAUUGUCCUGUUUGUGAAGAACGAGCUAAAGAAGAUCCAAAAGGUUCUGAGUUCAGACUACCCAGAAUACUUUGAGAGUCAGAGGGAGGAUGGGGAGGUGUUGGACGGUGAGGAUGAAGAGCAGAGGAGGAGCAGCAGAGAGGCAUUUCUGAAGAUCACACAGCACUUCCUGAGGAGAAGGAAGGAGGAGGAGCUGGCUGACUGUCUGCAGAGCAAAGAUCUUGCUGCAGUCUGCCAGCAUAAACUUAAAUCUAACCUGAAGGAGAAGUUCCAGAGUGUGUUUGAGGGGAUUGCUGAAGCUGGAAACCCAACCCUUCUGAAUCAGAUCUACACAGAGCUCUUCAUCGCAGAGGGAGGGACUGGAGAGGUCAAUAAUGAACAUGAGGUCAGACAGAUUGAAACGGCAUCCAGGAAAGCAGAAGGACCAGAAACAACAAUCAGACAACAGGACAUCUUUAAACCCUCAUCUGGACAGGAAAAAACAGUCAGAACAGUGAUGACAAAGGGCGUGGCUGGCAUCGGGAAAACAGUCUUAACACAGAAGUUCACUCUGGACUGGGCUGAAGACAAAACCAACCAGGACAUACAGUUCAUAUUUCUAUUCGCUUUCAGAGAGCUGAAUGUGCUGAAAGAGAAAAAGUACAGCUUGGUGGAACUUGUUCAUCACUUUUUUCCUGAAACUAAGGAAGCAGGAAUCUGCAGGUUUGAAGAGUUCCACAUUUUGUUCAUUUUUGACGGUCUGGAUGAGUGUCGACUUCCUCUGGACUUCCACAACAAUGAGAUCCUGACUGAUGUUACCGAGUCAACCUCACUGGACUUGCUGCUGACAAACCUCAUCAGCAGGAAACUGCUUCCUUCUGCCUGCCUCUGGAUAACCACACGACCUGCAGCAGCCAAUCAGAUCCCUCCUGAGUGUCUUGACACGGUGACAGAGGUCAGAGGCUUCACUGACAGACAGAAGGAGGAGUACUUCAGGAAGAGGUUCGCAGAUGAGGACCAGGCCGACAGAAUCAUCUCCCACAUCAAGACCUCACGAAGCCUCCACAUCAUGUGCCACAUCCCGGUCUUCUGCUGGAUCACUGCGACAGUUCUGGAGGAUGUGAUGAAGACCAGAGAGGGAGGAGAGCUGCCCAAGACCCUUACUGAGAUGUACAUCCACUUCCUGGUGGUUCAGUCUAAACUGAAGUACAUCAAGUAUGAUGGAGGAGAUGGGUCAGAUCCACACUGGACUCCAGAGUGCAGGAUCAUGAUUGAGUCUCUGGGAAAACUGUCUUUUGAGCAGCUGCAGAAAGGAAACCUGAUCUUCUAUGAAUCAGACCUGACAGAGUGUGGCCUCGAUAUCAGAGCAGCCUCAAUGUACUCAGGACUGCUCACACAGAUCUUUAAAAAGAAGAGAGGUCUGUACCAGGACAAGGUGUUCUGCUUCGUCCAUCUGAGUGUUCAGGAGUUUCUGGCUGCUCUUCAUGUCCAUCUCACACUCAUCAACUCUGGUGUCAAUCUGCUCUCAGAAAAGCUAUCAGACCACCAUGGAUGGUCUCUGGUUGUUCUCUGGUUUUCUAAAUUAUUCAGAGACCAAACUGAACUCACAUAUCUCCACCAGAAUGCUGUGAACAAAGCCUUACAGAGUCCACAUGGACACCUGGACCUUUUCCUCCGAUUCCUCCUGGGACUUUCACUGCAAACUAAUCAGACUCUCCUACGAGGUCUGCUGACACAAACAGGAAGUGGCUCAAAAACCAAUCAGGUAACUGUCAAGUACAUCAAGAAGAGGCUCGAAGAGACCCACUCUGCAGACCAAAGCAUCAAUCUGCUCCACUGUCUGAAUGAACUGAACGAUCGUUCUCUAGUGAUUCAGAUCCAACAGUCCCUGUGUUCAGGGAGUCUCUCCACAGACAAACUGUCUCCUGCUCAGUGGUCAGCUCUGGUCUUCAUCUUACUGUCAUCAGAAAAAGAUCUGGACGUGUUUGACCUGAAGAAAUUCUCUACUUCAGAGGAGGCUCUUCUGAGGCUGCUGCCAGUGAUAAAAGCCUCCAACAAAGCUCUACUGAGUGGCUGUAACCUCACAAAGAGAAGUGUUGAAGCUUUGUCCUCAGUUCUCAGCUCCCAGUCCUCCAGUCUGAGAGAGCUGGACCUGAGUAACAACUAUCUGAUGCAUUCAGGAGUGGAGCUGCUGUCUGCUGGUCUAGAGAGUCAACACUGUACUCUGGAAACUCUCAGACUGAGUGGCUGUAACCUCACAGAGAGAAGUGUUGGAGCUCUGUCCUCAGUUCUCAGCUCCCAGUCCUCCACUCUGAGAGAGCUGGACCUGAGUAACAACAACCUGCAGGAUUCAGGAGUGAAGCUGCUGCUGUCAGCACACUCUACACUGGAAUCUCUCAGACUGAGUGGCUGCAACCUCACAGAGAGAAGUGUUGAAGCUCUGUCCUCAGUUCUCAGCUCGCAGUCCUCCAGUCUGAGAGAGCUGGACUUGAGUAACAACAACCUGCAGGAUUCAGGAGUGAAGCUGCUGUCUGCUGCACUGGAGAGUGAACACUGCACACUGGAAACUCUCAGACUAAGUGGCUGUAACCUCACAAAGAGAAGUGUUGAAGCUCUGUCCUCAGUUCUCAGCUCCCAGUCCUCCAGUCUGAGAGAGCUGGACCUGAGUAACAACAACCUGCAGGAUUCAGGAGUGAAGCUGCUGUCUGCUGCACUGGAGAGUCCACACUGUACACUGGAAUCUCUCAGCCUGUCAGGCUGUCUGAUCACAGAGGAAGGCUGUGCUUCUCUGGCCUCGGCCCUGAGCUCCAACCCCUUCCACCUGAGAGAGCUAGACCUGAGCUACAAUCAUCCAGGAGACUCAGGAGUGAAGCUGCUGUCUGCUGGAAAGGGGGAUCCACACAGGAGACUGGAGACUCUCAGAGUGGAGCCUGCUGGAGUCCGGUGGUUGAGACCAGGUCUGAGGAAGUAUUCCUGUAAACUCAAACUCGACACAAACUCAGUAAACAGAAGGAUCAAACUGUCUGGCAACCACAGGAGGGUGACCCAUGUGGAGGAGGAUCAGUCAUAUCCUGAUCAUCCAGACAGGUUUGACCAGUUUCCUCAGCUGCUGUGUAAAACUGGACUGACUGGUCGCUGUUACUGGGAGGUUGAGUGGACAGGAAGAGUCGAUAUAUCGGUGGCUUACAGAGGAAUCAGAAGGAGAGGAAACACUAAAAACUGUGUGUUUGGAUGGAAUGAUCAGUCCUGGAGUCUGAACUGCUCUGAUGAUGGCAGUCGUUACUUCGUCUGUCACAAUAACAGUAGAGCAUCCAUCUCCUCCUCCUCCUCUGUCUCUAACAGGGUAGGAGUGUACGUGGACUGUCCUGCUGGCACUCUGUCCUUCCACAGUGUCUCCUGUGACACACCGAUCCACCUUCACACCUUCAGCACCACGUUCACUCAACCUCUUCAUCCUGGCUUUGGGUUCUGGUUCAGGUCUGGUUCUUCUGUGUCUCUCUGCUCUCUGUAG